AUGGCGAUGAGGUCGCGGCGGACACUUGCGCUCUUCAGUAGCGCGUUAGUGCUGCGGUUGGCGCUACUUCUCUACGGCCGUUUCCAAGAUCUGUAUCUGGCCGUCAAGUAUACGGACGUGGACUACGACGUGUAUACAGAUGCAGCACGGGAGAUCGCAGACGGCCACUCGCCUUUUGAGCGCACGACGUAUCGGUAUACUCCGCUGCUAGCGGUGUUGUUACUACCCAACAUUUACGUGCACGAGGAUUUUGGAAAGGUGCUAUUUGUGGGCUGCGACCUGCUGGGGGGAUCCAUUUUGUAUCGGAUCUUGAGACGGCGAGGACUCCCCGAUACGGACGCUGUCAACUAUUGUUGCGUGUGGCUCUUUCACCCGUUCUCAGUGAACAUCUCGACGCGAGGAAACGCAGACUCGAUUGUCGUGCUUCUAGUGCUGCUGUCAUUGCUGCUGAUCAUGCGCAAGCAACUCGUGCUGUCGGCUGUCGCAUACGGCGCUGCCGUUCACUUCAAAAUCUUCCCUAUCGUCUAUGCACUGGCGUUCCUUGUGUUCCUCAAUGGUGACUUCACAGCAGCACGUGUCACACAGGCUUCAUCGGGCAGUUCUUUACUUUGCUAUUGCAAGCGGCAGCUGAAUCGUGACCGCGUGACUUUCGGUCUUGUCAGUGGAGGGCUGUUCGUCUUUCUUGCAGCCGGCUGCUAUUAUCUUUACGGAUACCAGUGUCUGUAUGAAGCUUAUUUUUACCACUUCACGCGCACCGACAACCGCCACAAUUUCUCGCUCUACUUUUACAGUCUAUAUCUCCGAUACAACACUCCGUCGGGUUUCGGGGUGGGCCUUCUGGCUUUCUUACCUCAGCUGACAUCACUCGUUGCGAUAUCGUCAGCAUAUGGUCGCGACUUACCCUUCGCGCUGUUUGCACUGACCAUGGUCUUUGUGAUCUUCAAUAAAGUGUGCACGGCACAGUACUUCUUGUGGUACAUUGCUUUCCUCCCUCUCGUUUUGCCGCAGACAAGCUUGGCAUUCAAGUGGAAAGGCGUGGCGAUGAUUGCCGCGUGGCUUGGAGGCGAGCUUCACUGGUUGUUCUGGGCGUAUCACUUGGAGAUGCAAGGCGUCAACACCUUCUUUUCUCUCUGGGUGGCCGGUCUCAUCUUCUUCUCCGUGAACGUCGGUAUUCUAGCCGCAUUCAUGCGCUGCCACUCGUUCACGCCCUUGUUCCACAAGGACAAAGUCCUGCACUUGGUGCCAAGCAGCCGAGGUCAACUUGAAUGA